AAACAACAAGCGCAGCCGCCCGAGGCGCCUUCUACCGAUCACUCGCGCAGUUUAAUUCGACAUAGAGGAAGAAGAUGGCGGCGCUCAUCAGGCAUGGUUCACUCGUCAAUCCUUUUAAGUGUUCACCCACUAUCCUUGCCGUGAACACGACGAGCCUACGAUACGAUAUAACUCGUUUCAAGAGUAAGAAACGUCCUCAGAUGCCGACUCGUAUGAUCAACGAUGAUAACAGAUCUCUCGCUUGCAAAGGAUUUUUGAGAUAUCAAAAAGAAUACAAACCAUCGGAUGAUACAUACGAUAGGAUAGAUAAAAUUUGCGAGGAGCAACAAAUUUCCACAAAAUGUACAACAAAACUCGAGGACCCAGUGCAACGUUUCAAUCUUUUCUUAGCAUGCGAGCAAGAAUUUCAACAUCCGAUAAUGAAUUCCGUAUUAUAUAGCAUCAAAACAGUUAGUGAUUUGAAAAAAUACUACACAAAACAUGUCAGUAAUAUAACUCCAUUCGAUGCUAUGCAUUCUAUGGAAUUGCCAAAGAAUUUGCAUAUUAAUUACGAUUAUGUUCGAUUUCAUCCUGAUACGGAUACGUUGUUCAAUGGAAAAACAGCAUUCCCGAAGAGUUCCACUUUGGUAACUGGAUUAAAGUAUAAGAAAAAAUAUCCAGGGCACCAACAAGAUGAUCCAUAUUUAGAGAAAAUGCUUAAAAUUUAAGAACAUUAAUUAGAUUGUACAAAAGAUAAAUAAACAUAAUACAUUUAUAAAUAUCCUGUGUAAUUAUUACUUUAAAUAUUUUUCAAAUCGAUUUGUUCUUCCAUCAUUUGGCGAACUAACGAUAUCUUUAUUUACAAAGUAUAUAAUUAUGUAUUUACUUCUUUAUUGUUAUUCGAACUUUUAAAUACUUUCUGUAUUCAGUUCCUGGUUUAAUCAAUAAAAAUUAUAUCACAGA